AACGCACACCCCUAACUACCACCACCACGGCCACUUUUUCUUUCUUCUCCCUGUUGAACGGGAGUAUCGGGAGUGAGCGAGGUUCACGGACGGCCCUUCGGAUGCUCGGCCGCGGGGGCAAGAAGAAGAAGAAGCUGCUGCGGAUAUCCGUCUCAUACCUGCUGCUCUUCUCUCAUCGCCUGUUUUUUCUUCUCACCCCGCUGAAUGUUUCUGAAUGAAAGCUAGAUAGGGAGAAAAACCUGGUUCGGGGUUUUGCAGCAGUAGCAGCGUGGAGGAAAACACAUAUUUGUGGAGGAUGCGGAUUUAACGGAAAGACGUUCUGAGAGUCACCUGGGAUUUUUUUUUAAUGUUAAAAUCCGAAUUAGCUCAGGCGUCGUUAGCAACGGCUGAUAUCUUUCAUGUCUGCUGAAGUAUCUCACAUUAAACCGACGCGGUAGUAGUACAAACAGCGUCUGAUACAGAAGACAAAAUAAGAGGUUGAAUGUGUUUUCCUCCAGCUUUGACACCAUGAGCACCAUCUCGCCGACGGACUUUGACAGCUUGGAGAUCCAGCAGCAGUACAAUGACAUCAACAACCGCUGGGACCUGGCAGCCGAGACUGACUGGGACAAUGAGAACAGUUCGGCACGCCUCUUUGAGCGCUCACGCAUCAAGGCUCUUGCAGAUGAGCGUGAAGCAGUACAGAAGAAGACCUUCACCAAAUGGGUGAACUCCCACUUGGGCCGAGUGACCUGCCGCAUCGGUGACUUGUACACUGACCUGCGUGAUGGCCGCAUGCUUAUCCGCCUCCUGGAAGUGCUCUCAGGAGAACAGCUGCCAAAGCCCACAAAAGGCCGCAUGCGAAUCCACUGCCUGGAGAAUGUCGAUAAAGCCCUGCAGUUUCUUAAAGAGCAGAAAGUCCAUCUCGAAAACAUGGGCUCCCACGACAUUGUGGAUGGGAAUCACCGUCUCACCCUGGGUCUCAUCUGGACCAUCAUCCUUCGCUUCCAGAUCCAGGACAUCAGUGUGGAGACAGAAGACAACAAGGAAAAGAAAUCCGCUAAAGAUGCCCUCCUGCUUUGGUGCCAAAUGAAAACUGCUGGAUACCCCAAUGUCAACAUUCACAACUUCACCACCAGCUGGAGAGAUGGCCUGGCGUUCAAUGCCAUCGUGCACAAACACAGACCUGACGUGAUUGAGUUUGACAACCUGAAGAGGUCCAAUGCUCACUACAAUCUCCAGAAUGCGUUCAACAUUGCUGAGAAGGAGCUGGGGCUUACCAAGCUGCUGGACCCAGAAGAUGUUAAUGUGGACCAGCCUGAUGAAAAGUCCAUCAUCACCUAUGUGGCGACCUACUACCAUUACUUCUCCAAGAUGAAAGCCCUGGCAGUUGAAGGCAAACGUAUCGGCAAGGUGCUAGACUAUGCCAUCGAAGCAGACCAGCUGAUUGACAAGUACGAGACCUUGGCAUCAGAGCUGCUGCAGUGGAUUGAACAGACCAUAGUGACGCUCAAUGACAGACAGCUAGCAAACUCUCUGAGUGCUGUGCAGAACCAGCUCCAGGCUUUCAACUCCUACAGGACUGUGGAGAAACCCCCCAAAUUUACAGAGAAAGGAAACUUGGAGGUUCUACUCUUCACUAUCCAGAGCAAGAUGAGAGCGAACAAUCAGAAGGUUUACAUGCCAAGAGAGGGAAAACUCAUCUCUGACAUCAAUAAGGCGUGGGAGCGUCUGGAGAAAGCUGAGCAUGAACGAGAGCUGGCCCUGAGAAACGAGUUGAUCCGUCAGGAGAAGCUGGAGAUGCUUGCCGCACGUUUCGACCGUAAGGCUGCGAUGAGAGAGACAUGGCUGAGUGAGAACCAGAGGCUUGUGUCUCAGGAUAACUUUGGGACCGACUUGGGCGCAGUUGAAGCUGCCACCCGUAAACACGAAGCUAUUGAGACGGACAUCGGGGCGUACUGGGAGCGCGUGGCCGCUGUGGAGGCUGUUGCCAAAGAGCUUGAAGCAGAGGGGUACCAUGAUGUGCGACGAGUGACCGCACGAAGGGACAACGUGCUGCGACUCUGGGAAUACCUCAAAGAGCUUCUAGCUGCACGCAGAGAGCGUCUGAAUGCCCAUCGUGACCUACAGAGACUGUUCCAGGAGAUGCGCUACAUCAUGGACUGGAUGGCAGACAUGAAGAGUCGUCUGCAGUCUCCAGACAGUGGCAAACAUUUACACGACGUCUUAGACCUUCUGCAGACACACAAUCUGGUAGAGGCUGAUAUUUCAGCACAAGCAGAGAGGAUCAAGGGAGUUCAGGCAGCUGCACAGCGCUUUACCUCCUAUGAACAGGCCUACAAACCAUGUGAGCCAGGACUAGUUAGUGAAAAGGUUGACCAGCUGGGUCAAGCCUACGAGGAGCUCGGUCAGCUUGUCGGGAAACGCAGAGAGCGCCUCGAGGAGUCCCGCCGCCUGUGGCAGUUCAUGUGGGAUAUCGGAGAGGAAGGAGCGUGGAUAAGAGAGCAGGAGCAGAUCCUGGCCAGUGGAGACUGCGGCCGUGAUCUCACUUCAGCCCUUCACCUACUCAGCAAACAUGAAGCUUUCAGAGAUGAGAUGGCAGCCCGCUACGGCCCCCUGAGUAACAGCAUCGCAGUGGGAGAAGCUUUGGUUCAGGAGGAACACUUUGGAGCCCCAGAAGUUAAUGAGAGGAUUGAAGACAUCCGUGCUCAGUGGGCACACCUGGAAGAGACAACUAAGCUCAGAGAGCAGAAUCUUAAAGAAGCAGUUGCCCUGCACCAAUUCCAGACGGAUGCCAACGACAUGGAGGGAUGGAUCAUGGAGACACUUCGACAGGUGUCCAGUCAGGAAGUGGGCCACGAUGAGUUCUCCACACAAACUCUGGCUCGCAAACAGAGGGAGAUAGAGGAGGAGAUCCAGAGCCACCAUCCCGUCAUCGACUCCCUGCAUGAGCAGGCCCAAGCACUGCCACAGGCCUUUGUACACUUCCCUGAGGUGGAGGGUCGCUUACCUGCUAUUGAGCAGCGCUAUGAAGAGCUGGAGUCUCUGUCGGCGGCUCGUCGCCAAGCUCUAGAGGGAGCCCUGGCCCUCUACCGUAUGUUUAGUGAAGCUGGAGCCUGCCAGCUCUGGGUGGAAGAGAAGGAACAGUGGUUAUAUGGCAUGGAGAUCCCCACCAAACUGGAGGACUUGGAGGUGGUGCAGCAGAGGUUUGAGACACUGGAACCUGAGAUGAACAACCUCGGCACUCGCGUCACUGAUGUGAACCAGGUGGCCCAGCAACUGCUGGGCUCCGACAACUGUAACAAGGACCAAAUCAACCAGACACGAGACCAACUCAAUAACAGAUGGACGGAGUUUGAAAACCUAGCUGGUCAGAAGAAACAAGGCCUUGAGUCCGCCUUGAACAUCCAGAACUACCACCUGGAGUGUAAUGAGAUCCAGAGCUGGAUGAAGGAGAAGACCAAGGUGAUUGAAUCCACGCAGGGAUUGGGCAAUGACCUCGCUGGAGUGAUGGCACUGCAACGCAAACUCACUGGCAUGGAGAGAGACCUGGAGGCCAUUCAGGGCAAAUUAGAUGACCUGAGGGAGGAAGCAGAAAAGCUAGCCAAGGAACAUCCAGAACAGGCUGCUGAGAUCCACGGACGCCUGGCAGAGAUUCAGGAGGUGUGGGAGGAGUUGAACGCCACCAUGAAGCGGCGAGAGGAGUCACUGGGCGAAGCAAGCAAGCUCCAGGGCUUCCUCAGAGAUCUGGAUGACUUCCAGUCAUGGCUGUCCCGCACCCAGACAGCUGUAGCCUCAGAGGACAUCCCCACCUCUCUGCCUGAGGCGGAGAGUUUGCUGGCGCAGCACGAGAGUAUUAAAAACGAGGUGGAUAACUAUAAAGAGGACUAUGAGAAGAUGCGUGCAGUCGGUGAGGAGGUGACCCAGGGUCAGACAGAUGCCCAAUACAUGUUCCUGGCCCAGAGGCUCCAGGCGCUGGACACCGGCUGGCACGAGCUGCGUCGCAUGUGGGAGAACCGCCACAGUCUUUUGGCUCAAGCCUUCGACUUUCAGACUUUCUUGAGGGACGCGAAACAAGCAGAAGCUUUCCUUAACAGCCAGGAGUACGUGCUGUCCCACACAGAGAUGCCCACCAGUCUGCAGGGAGCAGAGGAGGCCAUUAAGAAGCACGAGGAUUUCCUCACAACCACAGAGGCCAGCGAGGAGAAGAUUACUGGUGUAGUGGAGGCUGGACGACGCCUCAUUAAUGACUGUAAUGCAAACUCUGAUAAGAUCCAAGAAAAAGUUGACUCCAUCCAGGAAAGACAUCUCAAGAAUAAGGAGAGUGCGAAUGAAUUGCUGUCGAAGCUCAAGGAUAACCGUGAACUUCAGCACUUCCUUCAAGAUGGACAAGAGCUCACUUUGUGGAUCAAUGAGAAGAUGCUGACUGCACAGGACAUGUCUUAUGAUGAAGCCAGAAAUCUUCACAGCAAGUGGCAGAAACACCAGGCCUUUAUGGCAGAGCUGGCCUCCAACAAAGACUGGCUGGACAAAAUUGAUAAGGAGGGUCAGGCUUUGGUGGCGGAGAAGCCAGAGCUCAAGCCUGUUGUUCAGCAGACUCUUGAGGACCUGCAGCGUCAGUGGGAGGAGCUGGAGAACACAACCCGCACCAAGGCCCAAUGCUUGUUCGAUGCUAACCGGGCAGAGCUGUUCACACAGAGCUGCUCUGCUCUGGAUGUGUGGCUGAAAAACCUGGAGGGUCAGCUGCAUAGUGACGACUAUGGCAAAGAUUUAACCAGUGUCAACAUUCUGCUUCAGAAGCACCAGAUGUUGGAAAACCAAAUGGAUGUCAGAGAGAAGGAGGUGCAGUCCCUCCAGUCUCAGGCCGUGGCUCUGACCCAGGAGGACGCUGGUCUUGCUGAGGUAGAUGGCCAGCAAAGACGAGUUUCCGACAACUUCUCCAGCCUUCAGGAUCCUCUCAAACUGAGGAGACAGCGACUCCUCGCCUCUAAAGAAGCACAUCAAUUCAACAGAGAUCUGGAGGAUGAGAUUCUUUGGGUGAAAGAGAGGAUGCCACUGGCAGCCUCAACGGACCACGGAAAAGACCUGCCAACUGUACAGCUUCUAAUUAAGAAGAACCAGACACUGCAGAAGGAGAUCCAAGGCCACCAGCCUCGCAUAGAUGACAUCCAUAGACGAGGCCAGACUCAGAGCCAGGUAGACGGUGAGAGACAGUCUGUCCUAGAGGAUCGCCUCGUUGAGCUGCGGGACCUCUGGGACCAACUGAUCGCCGAGACAGACAAACGCCAUGGCCGUCUUGUAGAGGCCAACCGUGCCCAACAGUUCUACGCAGACGGAGCAGAGGCUGAGGCCUGGAUGGGAGAGCAAGAGCUUCAUAUGAUGUCGGAGGAAAAAGCAAAGGAUGAGCAGAGCGCACUGGUGAUGGUCAAGAAGCACCAGACACUGGAACAGGCACUUGAAGACUACGCUCAAACAAUUCACCAGCUGGCCAACAGCAGCCGCCUCAUGGUCACCAGUGAACACCCAGAGAGUGAGAGAAUCACCCUAAGACAAGCCCAAGUCGACAAACUGUACGCUGGGUUGAAAGACCUCGCCGAGGAGCGGCGUGGACGUCUUCAAGAGAGACUUCGGCUCACCCAGCUGAAGCGGGAGGUUGAUGACCUGGAACAGUGGAUCGCUGAGAGGGAGGUGGUUGCUGGCUCUCAUGAACUAGGACAGGACUAUGAACAUGUCACCAUGCUGAGGGACAAGUUCAGAGAGUUUGCUCGUGACACCAGCACCAUCGGCCAAGAGCGUGUGGAUGGUGUCAACGGGCUGGCAGAUGACCUAAUUGAGUCGGGUCAUCCAGAGAACGCCAGUGUAGCCGAGUGGAAGGACGGGUUAAACGAGGCCUGGGCUGAUCUGCUGGAGCUGAUUGACACACGCACACAAAUGCUGGCAGCCUCUUAUGAGCUGCACCGCUUCCAUCAAGAUGCUAUGGAGGUGUUGGGACGUGUUAAAGAGAAGAGAGAAGGGCUGCCCUCUGACCUCGGCCGUGAUCUGAACACUGUUCAACACCUACACAGACAGCACAACACAUUCGAAAAUGACAUCCAGGCCCUCAGUGGACAGGUGAACCAGGUGCAAGAUGACGCAGCACGGCUGCAGAAGGCCUACGCCGGGGAGAAAGCUGAUGACAUUAACAGGAGUGAGCAUGCUGUCACUUCUGCCUGGGAGGGUCUGCUGGAGGCAGGUCAGGCCCGCAGGCUCCUCCUGCUGGACACUGUGGAGAAGUUCCGCUUCUUCAACAUGGUGAGAGACCUCAUGCUCUGGAUGGACGGCGUCAACCUGCAGAUUGAUGCUCACGACAGCCCCAGGGAUGUUUCUUCUGCUGGGUUAGUCAUCACCAAUCAUCAAGACAUCAAGUCAGAGAUUGAGACCAGAGCAGACAGCUUUACUGCCUGUAAUGAGAUGGGAAAAACGCUCAUCAACAAUAACCACUAUGCAGCUGAUGAGAUCCGAGAGAAACUGUCUCAGCUCCAAGAAAAGAGAGACAAGAUCAACAAAAAGUGGCAGGACAAGAUGGACCAUUUACAGAUUGUACUGGAGGUGUUGCAGUUUGGACGGGAUGCCUGUGUGGCAGAGUCCUGGUUGGCAGGUCAAGAACCUCUUGUGCGAGCAGCCGAGCUGGGCGGAAAUGUGGAUGAGGUGGAAAGCCUAAUUAAGCGCCACGAGGCCUUUGAGAAACUUGCAGCAGCCUGGGAGGACCGCUUUGUGCUGCUGGAAAAACUCACAACGCUUGAGGAGCAUGAGAUCCAGAGGAGGCGAGAGGAAGAGGAGAGAGCUCGAAGACCCCCUACACCGCCCCCAGCUGAAGAAGUCGCACAGUCCGAGACAGAUAUACAUGAUUCUGCAGCCAGAACCAGCCUAGACCAGACCACGCUCAACCAGUCAGUGUCAGUGAAUGGCGUUCACAGCGACAAUGACACAUCGCAGGGCUCUGAGUCCGAUUCGGUCAACGGACCAGGUAGGGACAGCGGGCUGGCUUCUUCUCGCCUUGAGCCGUCCGCUACGUUACCGAGCAGGGGUGGAGCAGAGUCCGAGCCUGAGACCAUGGAGGGGAUGCUCUGUAGAAAACAGGAAAUGGAGUCUCACAGCAAAAAGGCAGCUACCAGGUCCUGGCAGAACGUGUACUGUGUCUUAAGAAAAGGAAGUCUUGGUUUUUAUAAAGAUGGCAAGAGCGCUAGCAACGGCAUUCCAUACCAUGGGGAAGUACCCAUCAGCCUCGGGGAGGCAGUGUGUGAGGUAGCCAGUGACUAUAAGAAGAGGAAACAUGUAUUCAAGCUCAGGCUAGGAGAUGGAAAAGAAUAUCUGUUCCAAGCAAAGGAUGAGGCGGAAAUGAGCUCCUGGAUCCGUUCCAUACUUGGCUCCAUUCCAACAGGAGCAGGAGACUCGCCCGGAGGUCCGCGGGCGCUGAGCCGCGCCAUGACGAUGCCUCCCAUCUCCCCCAGCUCAGGUGACGCGGGAGGUGUAACCAUGCGCAACAAAGACGGGAAAGACAAGGAUCGUGAAAAGAGGUUCAGCUUCUUUGGCAAGAAAAAAUAGAACACUUGUUGAAUCAUCGACGGAAGCUACAUUUGUCAAAUUUUCAACGAACUGAAGCAGGCAGAAAGUAAAGUCCAAACUGGUCACACAAACACACUGCACUCAGUGCAGGCUCCGAGGAGUUUGUCAACAGCUGCUGUACGCGGCUCACAGAGAACUUUGUUUCUUUUCUUUCUCUCGAUUCUCUCCCUCGCCAGUUUUAUCUGUCAGUUUCUUUUUCCUUCAACCAAUCCAUAUUUGACAUUAAGCUGCACCCAACAAUGAAAGCCCUCAUCCAGUUUCAGCCGGCUACCAGAGCCCAUCAAUCUAGGUCAGUAACAGGUGGGGUUAGCAUUAGCUGGGAUUCAGGCCCAGUUCAGUUCAAAUCCACCAAACCGGCUCUCUCUCUCUCUCUCUCUCUCAGUAUGAAUACUUCCUGUUCAGUGAGUCUUACCUAGCUGAGCCAUUUUGAAGUGGUGUUGCUGAUAAAUGGAUGGAUGACGGCUUUCCACCGCGGUGCACUCUGGUUUUAUUUCCCGUCUUACAAGCUCUCUCUCUCUCUCUUUGGGAAGGAUCCCAUCAGUCUCUCUUUCUGUUCUUGGUAUUGAUGUUAUUAACCUGACCGAUAUUAUUGCUGUUAUUAUUAUUAUUAUAAUUAUUAUUAUUUAUCUUUUGCUAUUGCUGGUUUGAGAAACAAACUAAUUACUCUGACAGUAGAUAACAUUGAUUCAUGUGGAGAGAAACAAAUUUGGUUAAUUAGUGGAGAAUGUCGGGCUUGCCCUUUGUAUGUAUUGUUUUUUUCUUUUUUUUUUUUUAGGAAUGACAGUUUAUGAGGUGUUUUGAGAAAAAAUAAAGUUCAUUAAAUUUUAGCUGUGUGCAGUAAGUGAUCACAAGUUCAUUGGGAAAAUUAUAUAUAUAAAUAUAUAUAUAUUUAAUAAGUGGUUUAUUUUUUAUUUUAUCUCUAAUUUUGCCUGUAUCUGAUUAUUUCUUUUGAGUGAUCUUUUCUGCUUGAUUUUUGAUUUUCUUUUUUCUGUACAAAGCAGAGAAGAUUAGUUUUCUAGUGUGUGUGCGUGACUGCGUGUGUGUGUGAGUUGUGGUGCUGUGGAUUUUGCACGUUUAUGUUACUUCUGAUCAAACGUGGCCAGAUGAAUGCUACUUUUUCGCUCCGCAAAUGCCAACGAAAAACCAGGCACAACCGCAGAAAACAUUUUUACUGGAAUGAUUUCAUCAAAUUAGCUUUUCUUUGCUUUUUGGUUUUUAUUUCAUGUAAGCUGACAUUACCAAUGAAGUUCCUCAAGACGGUUCCAUUAUUUCUGUUUUCAGUCUUCUAACUUCUAUUUCCGUUCUUUCUCUAUCUGGUGUGAAGGCGUGGGGACAGUUUGUAGAUAAAAAAGCUGAAGCACAUUUUCUGUGGCAGACCGCAGAGUCAGAGCAGGACAGACGGACAGCUGACAGGUGUCGUAACAGAUGAAGUGUGGGGUGUGGAAGUGAGAUUUGAUAGGCAGUGAAGAAUGGGCUUUAUGUGCUACCUGACAGACUGAGGUGUACUGAGCCUUACUUACUUGAACCCACUACAGACUUAUUUUUACAAACCCAUCCUCCAUUCAAAAAGUCGAACAGGAAGCUUUCUUAGUAUGAAGAAAAGUGUUAAAAUGUGCCCUGUGGCAAUGAUCUAAUGUAUGUCAGUGGAUUAUAUAUGCAGGUACAAUAUUAAUUAGUAGUAAAAUCUCUGCUUAAUACCAUUUGCUGAGAAAAAAGCCCUAAAAUGUCUGUUAGAUGAGCUUUGAGCUCAUACGUAUGUGGCAUGACUUCAUGUAGGUUUAUACUUGUGUGUGUCUCAUCAUUGCCAUGUAUCUUCCUCUGUGAUGAUGUGCUCAGAAAACAUGAGAACACUUUAUAUUCAGGGUUGAAUAUCAGAUCAAUUAAUCUUAUGUAAUUGGCAUUCAUAACCCCAAAAAUGAUAAUGGCAAUCAAGUAUAGUAAAUGUUAAAUAUGAUAGGUGUUAAUUAGUUCCCUGGAUUACUGUUCAUGUUUACACCAAAUCAAGCAUUGACAGUAUCCUGUGAGACUAUAGGCAGUAGUGCAUUUUAUAUAAAUAUCUUGAGACCAUUGAAGCGGUUGUUAAUUGUUACCAUAGCCAGUCACUUAAAGUGUUAAUUUGCCUUUUAUUACUGCCAAAAUGUUACUGGAAAAACUGCUGAAGUUAAGAAUUGAAUGGAUUAUCUUACACAGAGGUUGCAACUUAUUUUUAUUUUUUUACAUCUUAAGAGGAACUCUUUUAAGCUGGAUCUGUGUAUCAGUCCACAGGAAUGUCCCACAGAAGUGGAGCUGCUGGAACCAUGCUUGUAAUGUGGUUGCAGUUUCAACAGGUUGGCCUUAUUUUCCAGUCCUAAACGAAUGUGGAAUGGGGGGCCCCAAUGCUUAAAUCAAAGAUUCAAAGUCAGGGAAGAGAGAUACCUAAACAUCCACUUUGCUACUAUUGAAGUGGUUUCAGCUUAGUUGGCCACACCUGGUCCAAACUUCUAAAAACUGGCCACCUUGUAUCUGUCAGGAAGACUUCGUAAUCCCAGGUGUGCAGCAGCAGCAGCCUGAGCAGCCUUAGACCGAGCUACAAAGUGGGAACCAGGUGACUAGAGUUAUUGCAUACAUAAGUGAGCCAACAGUAAGCAUACAUUGUGCACAAUAUCGAAGGAGGAGUCGUUCUUCCCCCAGUGAAUGAGCUGGUUUUUAGUGAACAUUGCUACCUUUCCUCUGCUCUGGACAUUAGACACGGCAUCCAGCUGGUGUUAGGGAGUUCAAGUCUAAAAGUCAAACAGUGUAUUUUCUUAUCAGCUCAUUUGAAUGUGAAUGAAACAAAUUAGUUUGGCCAAAUUGGCCAUGUGAAGCAAAAAUAAAUCUCUCAUACUUGACAUACUAGCUCUCUCUCUUUCACACACACAUAAAUACAGUACUGUAUAUUUCACGCAGAACGGCCCUGGUCCAGUCUGGCUGUGAUUUGAUGUUGCAUACAGCAUCCUUAACAUUGUGUUACUGGUAGGCUUUGACCAGAACAUGGGAGGUGUGUAUUAUUGAUGUCAAGGAGAUGAGUUUUUUUGGUUAUGAGAGAACUUGUAACAAUGGAGUACUUAAUGAAGUUAAAGAAACUUUUACUUGUUAAGUAUUAGAUCCGAGUGAAACAGACUGGUGACAAUUUGAGCUUCCUUUUUUUAGAAGAAGGCAGGAUAUUUGCUGUCUAGUGGGAGCUUGUAUUUUUUCAUCCAGUGGUCUGUCUUGCAGCAUUUGAUAAGCCUGUCCACCUACCUUCAUCUCAUUACUUUUGACGAAUGUCUGUUCCUUCCUCUGUAAUUCAGAGUUGUUAAUACCACUACUAUUAUUAAUUGCUAUUAUUACAUUAUUGCUACUGUUGUUACUAUUACUACUACUGUUACUAAUGCAACCUAUUGCAAAACUUAUAACUGCUGUCCAUUUUCAGGUACGUGUCUGUAAUACCAGACCCUUCCACACGAUGUCAGUGUGCUGUGGAGCAUUUUCAUUACAAAUUGAAAAUAAUGUUUGUUGACUUGUGUAUCUACAUCUAAUAUUAGGAAUAAUAAAACAUGGUUUAAUCAAAAGAA